CUGUCCCUGUUGUAAAAUAAUUUGCAUUAGACACAGACUCCAAUUUGACCCAAGGUAGCCGCCUCGCCGCUGCAACCCCCCCUGCUGUGGGAGGGCGGAUUAAUCCCGUCACCAGAACAAGGGAAAGAAACAAAAACAACACUUUGGUUUUUAAAAAAAGAUCUAUUUUUGGUGCUUCCAACUGAGAGCCCGGAGCUAAAGAGAGGGCAAUCCGAGUCUCUCCUUCACGUGUAUUUCAGAGAAGGCUGUGGCACUCUAUUGAGAGGGCGGAGGGUUACUGAGGUUUCAGCUCGGCAGGAGGGGUGUGCGGAGGCCGGCUGGGUCCGCUGUGAAAUUGACGAGGAAAAGUUUUGGUGAAACUUUACCGGAGAGAAGUUUGGGGUCUCUCCCCCCCGCCCCCGCUCUGUCCCAGGCGCUGCUCUGCUUCGCUUCCCUCCUCCCCUCUCUGCCCCCCCCCCCCCCCCAUACUCCGGAGACGGGGUUGAAGGAGAUCGGUGCUGGAAAAUGUCUUCGAUCUUGCCUUUCACGCCCCCGAUUGUCAAGCGCCUCUUGGGCUGGAAGAAGGGUGAACAAAACGGGCAGGAGGAGAAAUGGUGCGAAAAAGCGGUGAAGAGUUUGGUGAAAAAGCUGAAAAAGACCGGCCAGUUGGACGAGUUGGAGAAGGCAAUAACUACUCAGAGUAUUAACACCAAGUGCAUAACCAUCCCCAGGUCUCUUGAUGGAAGGCUUCAGGUAUCCCAUCGGAAAGGCCUGCCCCACGUCAUCUACUGUCGCCUGUGGCGCUGGCCGGACCUUCACAGCCACCACGAGCUUCGAGCCAUGGAAAUGUGUGAGUUUGCCUUUCACAUGAAGAAGGACGAGGUCUGUGUGAACCCUUACCACUACCAAAGGGUGGAGACCCCAGUUUUACCUCCUGUUCUCGUGCCAAGACACACAGAUAUGCCUGCUGAAUUACCACCCCUGGAAGACUACACACAUUCCAUCCCAGAGAACACAAACUUCCCAGCGGGCAUCGAACCACAGUGCAACUACACACCAGAAACUCCCCCGCCAGGUUACAUAAGUGAAGAUGGAGAAACCAGUGACCAUCAGAUGAACCACAGCAUGGACACAGGGUCUGCGGCUGACCUGUCACCAAACCCCUUAUCACCAACACACAGCAACUUGGACCUGCAGCCCGUCACUUACUGUGAGCCAGCGUUCUGGUGCUCGAUAGCUUACUAUGAACUGAACCAGCGAGUGGGGGAGACCUUUCAUGCCUCGCAGCCCUCUCUCACUGUGGAUGGCUUCACUGAUCCAUCCAACUCUGAACGCUUCUGCUUGGGGUUGCUCUCAAAUGUGAACCGUAACGCGGCAGUGGAGCUGACAAGAAGGCACAUUGGCAGGGGAGUCAGGCUAUACUACAUUGGGGGAGAGGUCUUUGCUGAAUGCCUAAGUGAUAGCGCCAUCUUUGUUCAGAGUCCAAACUGCAACCAGCGCUAUGGAUGGCACCCUGCAACCGUUUGCAAGAUUCCACCAGGAUGCAACCUGAAGAUCUUCAAUAACCAGGAGUUUGCAGCUCUGCUGGCUCAGUCAGUGAACCAAGGCUUCGAAGCAGUAUACCAACUGACACGGAUGUGCACGAUUCGAAUGAGCUUUGUCAAAGGCUGGGGAGCAGAGUACAGACGCCAGACAGUGACCAGUACCCCCUGCUGGAUUGAGCUUCAUCUGAAUGGACCUCUACAGUGGCUGGACAAAGUCCUCACCCAAAUGGGAUCACCGACCAUUCGCUGUUCAAGCAUGUCAUAGAAGAUUGGUUUCAGCUCAGGGAAGACAGCUGCCAAAUUUUAUGGGCCUGGCUGUAGCAGAUAAUUUAUAGAAAAAUGAAACAACAGUUGCUGCAUGGUGCCCAGAACUGGUAAUUUCCUCUGCAUCAAUAUCAGGUACCAUCAUUGCCACUUCCCCACCAUAACUUUCAGCACUUUCCGUGGCAUUGCUGUUGAGAAAAAAAUUGCAAGGGCAAAUGCAAAAAGGACAACAUCAAUUUUCAAUCUCAUUUUCUCGUGGAGGGAAAGGAUCUCUCAUUUGAACAAUGGCAAAUUGUUCUUCCCAGUACAAGCCUGGCCAUUUUAUAUUAUUUGACUUUGCCAUGUCCUAUUUCCAAGCAACGACUAUUAAUUCUAGUUGUACAGAACUUGCUCACCAGUUUCUAUUCUUCUAGAGGCCUCACGAAUAUUUUGAUGGUCAAGCCUGAAACGGCAAAGACCAUGGCACUCGGAGAACUUUGUUUCACUCAAGUGGGAAGCUAAAAGGUCCUUCCACAGUUUUCUUGCAAUAUGUGGUGGUUUUGAACUCUAAGUGGUCCUUCUGCCACACUCCUGUAUCACGUCACAAACUGUUGGAGGAUGACAAGACGUUCUCAACAAUCGGUGUGCAGGGAGCUGUGAUUUCUAUUGUCAAUGUUUCCUUCCUACUAUUAUUUCCACAAGUAUAAGGGAUGGUCAAUUUGCACGCUACCCCUCCUGCUCUUUACACUCUUUUCUAGUCAGAGUUGAAACAGAUUACAAGCACUUGGUUAUCAUAGCUAGGAGCUGUUCUUUUUGAACAAUAGAUCUACAUUGAGAACGCUAAGAAACGCCAUUGUAUUUUUUUCUAGAUAUAGGCGCUAUAUAAAUCAGAGUUGUAGAAGUGUGAAUGUGGCUAAUACUAGGGUAGUUAAGCCCAUUUUAAAUUAUGCCCUCCCUUGCCCCGAGGGCCUGUGACACCAUUUUCUACAACUCCCACAUCUUGGGCAAGGUACUGAAUGCAGCUGGUAUCUGUGGAACUGUACCCCAGCAAUUGUAUAAUAAAGGGAGCAUUUAUUUACCCUAGUUUCUUAACUUGCUGCCUUUACAGUAACAGCGUUGUUAGUUUUUUUUUGUGAAGGGGUCCAAUUUAAAUUUCCAACACAAGCUAUGUUUCUAUUGCUGGACACAUUGAGACUUUGGCUGAACUGUAACAAUUUAAAGUAGUAAAGUAUUGCUCUUGAUUUACCCUGUGUGGAUAAACAUUGUAUCAGUGCUGUGGUGUUUUCCUUGAUAACAGAUCAAUUUUAUGGAAGAACAAUUAGCUGAACUGGAACUAAAAGGUGGUCUAGAUAAUGAUUUUUUUCCCCUCCAUUCUCAUCACUGAAUUUAUCACCCUUGCUAUGUCCUACGUGAAUGUUCACAAAGUAAUGCUGGAACAACAAUGCAUUUUUUCCCUUCUGAUUUUAAAUAGAAUGAACACUGGUACAUGUCUGUCAAAAUCUGAAGCCAACAAAACAGGUUAAUAUUAAGGGCAAAUAUACUACAUCUAAACUAUAUUUAGUGCAUUUUCCGUUUCAAACCUGUCUCCUAUUUUGUAAUGAAUGUGCUGGUCAUGGCUCAAUUUAAGCAACGUAUCUUUAAAAUUAUAAUAGCCCAUCUCUUGUAGAUUAUUAACUAUUGCUAUUAACUAUUGCAUCCAGCAGUUCUGCAGCUGAUCACAAUUUAACAAGAGCUGAAAUCGCUAAUUAAAACUGUUUCCUGUAUCAAUGUAGCCUGGAAUCUGCAGAGCUUUGUAAAUCACUAAAGGGCCUGUCUCACUUACGCGAUUUUUUUCGGCGACUGCCGACACCCGUCAUAGUCGCAGCAGGUUGCCGAAAAUGUUCAAAUAGUGAAAAUCCAGCGGCGACCAGAAAAAGGUACGACUACUCCUGACCAUACAGGCGUCACCCAGUCAUGUCAGUGGGACAGGCCCUUAAGUAUGAGGUAAGCACUUAUUGAAAGGUUUAAACUAGUUGGCACAGUUACUGCAUGUAGCAGUGAGAGAAUUUGCAAAAUAAUGAAGAAAGAUGACUGCACCUUGGUCCAUGACUGACCAGAUGAAUUGUUUUUCUCUAUUUCAUGUGCCAUUUUAUCUUUUGUCUCCAAUUGCUGUGUUCAGGAUAUUUACAUCUACCUGCAAUGAUACUGUUAUAUUUGUGAAUUAAUAUUUAUGAAUUAAACUAAGAACAUGCAGGCUUAAAAGAUUUCACUGGCAAGAUAUAUAUAAAAUAAUGGAAAGUCAAAGCGAGUGGAUUCAAGCUUGGGUCUCAGAAAGCUAUUGGAGGUAAGAAAGAAUGACAGGUUUGAGAUAAAGGGAAAAAUAGAUUACAAUUGAAGGCAAUUUCAAUAUAAAUUUCAACACAACCUGUAUGUAAAAAAUGCUUAGUAACCCAAGCCUUUGACCAAUUGCUGGAGCCACCUCCAACUAUUUGAUUUAUUCCCAUUACUGUAUAAACCUCAACUUAACUAUUUCUACGCUAGUACACUAAGGAAAUGCCAUGGGGAAGUGGCAAUUCUUGGCAACAUUAGAUAAUUAAUAUCACUUCCUCAGAAUUCCAGUAUCUCGACCAAGUGUCACUUCUUCAUGUGUGUGAAAUACAUGAACAUAUGGGAAGCAUUUCAUCAUCACAACCUCAUUUUAUGUGUGCUGUGCAGGGAUCAGCAAGUGCCAAUUACACAUGGGAAAUACUAAUGAUAUUUGCCUAACUUCAGCCUGGAGGUUGAAGUUGGUUGAUUGUUUGAUCAGUUUAUCUCAAAUCAAAUUCUUUACAUUUUCCACUCUACCCAUUUUGGAAUUCUUUCAAUGCUUCCUAUAAACCCCUUUUAUUUCCUUUAUUUGCAUGGUGUUUGCCUUUUGUGAUGUGCUCAGUUGCUUUUAACUAUUUAGUGUAUAUUUUCAUAAAUGUACUAUAUUAGAGUGUCCUACUGCAUUGGAUAGGGACAGGGACAUUUCCCCACACAUUUGAGUUCCUCAGUACUGAUUUUUUUUGCCAAUUGGAUAUGUUCUUUAUCCCCUCAAUUGGUUAUAUCAUAGUGGGAGGGUGGAUGUGAAAUAUUUCUUUCUCUCUCAGCUGCUAUUUCAAUUGCAGGGUAAUUUGAAAUUGAAAAAAACGUUUUUUUUGGACUGGAAAGUAAAUGGGAUGGGACUUUUUUUACAAUGGAAACCAAAUCACUGAUUAAUAUAUGUUAAUUCCAAGUCAAUGUGCAAGCCAGAGUUGUAAAAGAUCAAGAGAGAGACACACAAGAAACUGCAGAUGCUGGAAUCUUGAACAAAACACAGUCAUGGAGGAACUCAGACUCUGAAGAGUCCUGACCCGAAACAUCACCUGCCCAUUCCCUCCACAGAUGUUGCCUGACCCACUUAGUUACUCCAGCGCUAUGAUGUUAGAAAAGAUAAAGUUACCUACCUGGAAUACCUUGACUGUUACAAUCUAAAUUAACAACAAAGCUACGAUGAAUCCCCAUAUAGUACUUGUGUGGUUGCUGUAGGUAAAUGCCACAGCGAUGCCUCCCUUGGAUGAGAUGUUUAAACUAAGGGCUGCUUAGACCAAGUUGCUGAGCCAUUGUUCCCCAAUUAAUGCAAAAGCAGAAUGAGUGAUCAUUAUCACCAUAGCUGCUUGAGGAAAUUUGUAUAUUUUUCAAUGCAUGUUACAUUUAGCAAUGAUUAAACAUGCAGAACACAUUUAGGUUUGAGAGGUGUACAUGUUAAACAUGCAGACUGAGCUGCUCUUACCUUUCAUUAGAGCAUUCCUUCAUCUCAAAACAACAGCACUAUGGCAGACACGAGAUAGUAAAGCAAGCCUAUGAAGAACAUCCAUUGCUGAUCAUUUGAUGGAGAAUGUCAUGCUUCUCAUACAAGCCGAUAAGUCAAGCCCAUGUUGAGGCUGCUCCGAGGACUGGAGCUAUGCUGUGUGGUAAGCACCAAUGGUGAUGCCUUUGGGUAACCCUCCCCACCAUCUCUGGGGGUGGUGGAAAAACAGCUGCUCUCAAUUCCACAUCUCCUUACAAACAUGCUUGGGGUAAGAACAGCUGGUCUCAAUUCCACACCUAUUCACAAACUUGCUUGAUCCUGGUCACAGACAUUUCCAUGUGGUUUCCUAUAGCAG